GGGGAGCGGUUUGAAUCGGCGGCGGCGGCGGGCGCGGAGCGCGGCCGGGGGAACGGGGCGGCGCCGGGACACCGCGCAGGAAUGGCAAGGCAUAAGAAAUGCAAACGAAAACGAAGAGCCCGAGCAAGAUUUCGACUGGAAAAAAAGAGCAAUGCUGCAGCCCCCCAGGGCUCAGCUUGUCCCUCUCCAAGGUCACCAGCUCAUCUCCCUCUGAACACAUCACCAGUCCCGAGGGUCCCCCAUUGGCCUUUAGCCUUGCCCAGUGUAAAAAGUGUGGUCAAACCCUUGGCAACAGCAGCAUCAUUCCUGUAUUGGUGGUGCCAGAGCAGGGUUGCACAGAGCUUUCAGGUGGUUAAAGACACGGUAUUUCCAUCACAAGUCUACUUAAGGGAACUAGAUAUGCUCAAGGAGAAGCUGGAAAAGUUGGAAAGUGAAUUUUCCAAGCUACAAGGAGCACUCCAGAUGAAUGGAGUGGCAGCUUUGUCUUCAGAAAGUUCUCUUUGCCAGAGGUGUCACAAGCCAGUCCUGGCUGCUCCUGUGGGGACACAGAUGGAUCCUCCACCAUCAGCAUCCCUGCCUGUGUCCAUCCUUCCUCCUCCUCCUCCUCCUCCUCCUCCUCCCCCACCUCUGCCUCCACCAAAACUACCUCCAGCACCUUUCCUCCUCCAACGGGGCACAGCCUCUAAACUGGCACCACCAGUGAAAAAGGAUGGGCCCAUGCACAUCACCCUCAAAGACCUCCUGAAUGUUAAACUGAAGAAGACAAACUGCAACCUGAGAGUGGAGAAGGAACAAUCACCAGUGAAGCCACGCAGGGCAUUAAUCACAGUCACAGAUCUACAGAGUGUUAGUCUGAGACCUAAAUCCAAGCCAUCAGCUCAUGCUACAAAAUCUUUAAUUACCUCCCCCAAAAAUCAGAUUGAUCUUCGGAAACAUCUGAAGAAAGUCGAUAUACAAAGAAGUCCUGGUGGUACUCCUCUAAACAGUAAAGAAAACACUGAAUGUGGCUCUGGGCUGACACCAAUAAUGACACGAGCACUACGGCGCAAAUUUCAGAUGGCUCACCCCAAGAGUCCCUCACCUGCACGGUUGAGUGCUGCAAACAGCUUUGAUGAAAAGUGAAAAGGAAAGUAGGUUUAUGGAACAAAGUGUUUUCCAUUUGUGGUCUGGAAGCCACUUGAAUCCCAUUUUUAUCACACUCAGGCACAUGUAUUUGUAAGUGAAUGUAGUGCACAGGAAAACAGGGCAUUAUGAAACCCUGUAAAGCAGAUUGUGCUUUUUAUCUUUCUCUAAUGUCUCUCAAUUUGGUUGUAUCUUCGUCCAUAAUGGAAAAAAAAAAAAAAUAGGAAAUUUCCCAAGUCUUGACACCUGGGUGCUGCUGAAGCAGGGACUAUUAUAUUCCCAACACUGGUGCUGCUUGUUAUACAAAUAUGUAUGUGUUUGCUGAAAUUCAGUAUUUUUAUAUCUUUUAUAUCAUUAACAAAAAAAUAUCUUGACGGUAUUUAUACAGCUUCAAAGAAAAGCAACAGUUUAAGGCACUAAUGUUAUUAAAGUGGAAAGCUGCAAGCUUCAACAAACAGUUCAAUCUGUGGCUACAAAUGUAUGAGGCACUGUGUAUCACUGUGUAUCACUGCUGGCUGAUUAAAGGCAAUAAACUCAAAGCCUAUGUCCCACGGUCCGUGGGAGCCCCUUGUUGUAAAUGGAUAUGGAUUUGUUCGAUUUUUGUUCAAAUUAAUCAAACAACAAAGUUAAAUUUAGCAGUGUUUUAUUAAUAAUAGCAGCAAUUGUAUAUAAUUGAAUACAAUCAAAGUAUAUUAGUUACAUGUAUUUAGGUAAAUACAAAAUUUGGCAGUGGGUGAUUUAGUAUAAUUGAGGUUUGGUAUUAAAGCAUAAGCAAAACCCACCGGGUGAUACCCUGACCAGGGGUAUGGGCAGGACCCUUCCUCCCACACUGUACCAAAUCAGUCAAGCUAAAAUCUCACUUAUAUACUAUUUGCUAAUACAUAUUAAUACAAAUGCUGUUUGACCUUGCAGGUACCACAAGCACAUUAAGCUUAGGGUUAUAUGAUUAAGCCUAUGUUCCCAUAACAAGUCUUGUCCAAGUGUCCAGUGCCUGGAAUCAUCCCAAUUUGACCUAAUUCAAGGUUGAAAAGUUUUAUUUCUAGAUGCUGUUCUUAGACCUAUACCCUUAGUAUACUCCAAGCAUCUGGAGGAUGAUUCCAUCUGCUUUGUUUAACCAUUUCCUUUAUCCUUUUGCUUUAUAACAAUUAAAUACAAUUUUUCUAUUGAUUAUAAAGCAACAAUUUUGCUAUUAUAGUUAUAAUUUAAUUAGCACGAACCACAUCUAUAACACCCUCCCGCACCCGCGGGGCUCGGGGGCGAUGGGGACGGAGCCGCCCGUGGUUCUCGCUGUGCUUUCACGGCCGGCGCGGUCCGCGGGGCUCGGGGGCGAUGGGGACGGAGCCGCCCGUGGUUCUCGCCGUGCUGUCACAUCCAGCACGGUCCGUGGGGCUCGGGGCAGAUAGGGACGGAGCCGCCCGUGGUUCUCGCUGUGCUGUCACGGCCGGCGCGGUCCCGCCCGCUGCCCGCGCCCGUGUCCGCGCCCUCCGGGGCGGGGCUGCUCAUGCGCGGGGCCGUGGCCGGGGCUCCGCCGCUUCCGGCCGGGAGCGGG